AUGGUUGCUUCAUUUUCUUCUCGAGGACAGAACAUGGCCAGUCCUGGAAUCUUGAAGCCUGACAUUAUUGGUCCUGGUGUUAACAUUCUUGCUGCUUGGUCUACUUCUGUUGAGAAUAACACCAACACAAAAUCUACCUUCAAUAUUAUUUUCGCUAUCAAGUCGGCAAUCAUGACAACGGCUGAUACAGUAAACCUCGCCAACAAUCCCAUUCUAGAUGAAAGGCUUCUUUCGGCAAAUAUCUUUGCGGUUGGUGCAGGACAUGUCAAUCCGUCAAGAACAAGUGAUCCGGGACUAAUUUUGAUACCCCAUUCAAGAGCUACUUACCUUAUUUGUGUGGUUUGA